CCGACAGGCUCGGGAGCUGCGCGCAUGCGCAGCGAGGCCGCGGAGUCGGCGCCGGGACCUCUUUAGGAGCCUGCUUCUCGCCUGACUGUAAGGAGUGACGGUGAGCGCCGCCUUCCCCUUCCAGACAGCGGAGCACAGGAACCAGCGAACGAGGCGGACUCGGUGCCGGGAGGAGUGCUUUAGACCGACUCUGAAUCUGGCACAGACAAGGACACGCACUUCCGGGUCCUCCGUGGGCCGCGGCCGCUUAAGCGAACGCCACCCGCCCCACCGGGUCGGCCGCUGCGACCGGCGCGCGGGGGUGCAGGGCACACGUGUGACUGCGCCCGGGAGCCCUCAGAACGAAGGAGCUGACUCGGCGGGUGCUGCGCAGCGUGACUCCCCGGCACGACUUUCUGUUUGUUCUCUGGACACGGGGACCCCGGCCAGUUUGGAUGCGCCUGCAGCUGUGCAGUCCCGGGUUUGGACACUGACGGACCCCAAAGCCCUGGCUGCCGCCUUCGCGUCGAGGAUGCGCAGCCUGUUGCUGGGCCGUCGAGCUGGGCAGCCUGUGGUGACCCACGUCCCCGGGAGGCCCCCCUGCGCCUCCGCCAGCGGGUUCCCUUCCGCAAGCCCUGCCAGCGAGCUGGGUCCACAGGCCUCUCCCCCGGGGACUGCUGUGGUUUCCCUGCAUUCUGGAGGCAAUCAUGCCCGUGAGAAGGCCCCCAAAGGCCGUCCCAAAUGCCAAAAGGGAACGGAAAGCAAUUCCCCUGGACAUAAAAUUAGAAGUGUUACGACGGUUUGAAGUGGGCGAGAAGCUCAGCCAGAUCGCAAAGGCCUUGGACCUUGCUGUCUCUACAGUGGCGACGAUCCGAGAUAAUAAAGAAAAAAACAGUUCCCAAGUAGCUACUCCCUCAAGGGCCGCUCGGUUGACUCACCAUCGAAGUGCAGCCAUGGAGGCUAUGGAGCGGCGGCUGCGCCUGUGGCUGGAAGACCAGAGCCAGCGGAACCUGCCGCGGAGUGUUGCCAUGAUCCAGGAGAAGGCUAAGAGCUUGUUUGAUGAGUUACAGCGUGACCUGGGGGAAAGCUCUCAAGAAACCUUUAGUGCCAGUAAAGGGUGGUUUGUGAGGUUCAAGGAGCGCCGUCGUUUGCCCCACUUCCAGAUGAACGGCACAGCUGCUAGCAACCGGGACACAUACCGGGAAGCGCUGAAGAGCAUCAUCGAAGACGGUGAGUACACCCCCCAGCAAGUUUUUAAUGUCGAUGAGAUAGGGCUUUAUUGGAAGAGAAUGCCUGAAGGAACGUUUAUUUCUGUGGAGGAAAAAGCUCAGCCGGGUUUCAAUCGUCCAAAGACCGUUUGAUGCUGCUGCUGGUGGCAACUGGGGACUUGAAGUUGAAGCCCUUACUGGUGUACCACUCAGAAAACCCCCGGGCUCUGAAGGGGUACUCCAAGCCCAAGUUGCCUGUGAUUUGGCGCUCAAACAGAAAGGCCUGGGCAACCAGGAGCAUUUUUCUUGAAUGGUUCAGGCACUUUUUUUGUCCUGCUGUUGGAAAAUACUGUGCCAAAAAUAACCUAAGCAACAAAGCAUUGCUCAUCCUGGACAGUGCACCAUGCCACCCGGUCAGUUUGAGUGACCUGUCUGAUACUGUAAGUGGAAUAUCUUCAUGACAGUACAGCUGACUCCAUCCAGCCCAUGGGUCCAGGCGUAGCCUCCACCUUCAAAGCUCACUACCUGAGAAGGACUUUUGCGCACAUGCCAGCUAGAAGCAACAGAUGGGGAGGAUACAGCUACGAUCAGGGAGUUUUGGAGAAACUACAACAUCUUGGAUGCUGUAGACAACAUUGCAGUAGCUUGGGAGGCACUCAGGCCAGCAACAAUGAACAGUGUGUGGAAGAAAAUGUGGCCCCAGUGUGUUCAAUUCCAGAAUUUUUCCCAAACAGAUAACAUUGCACAGCUUCAAAAAGCAUUAUGACCCUUGCCAGGACUCUGGCUUUUGAAGAGCUUGUGGAGCUGACGUGGACCAGUUGCUACAGUCACACGAGGAGCUCUCUCUAGUGAGGAGCUGACGCAGCUAGAACAGGGGCCAGCAGGAGAGGAGGAGAGUGAAGACACUCAACCGGUUCUGCGUCAACUAACCACAGGAGAACUCUCCGCAGCCCUCUCACAUUUUGAGGCUGGCUUACAGAUCCUUACCAGUAGCAGUCCCAAUGAUGAGUGGAAACUGAAAGCUUCGAGAGCCAUCAGUGGUGCCAUAAAUUGCUACAGGGAAUUGUACAAUGAGAAAAAGCGACGCUUAAAGCAACUAUCUUAGGUUGUUUUUCAGUGUGUGUAACCAAAAGUUAAAGUAAAGCCAGAAGCAACAAAAUGACCUCAAUGGAUGAGGCUCAGCCAAGUCUCUCUGCUUCCAGAGAUUUAACAUCCCUGAAAACCCUAUUUCUGAUAUUUUAAUUUUGAGACUUGAGUAUCAAAUUUUGUCAUUAAAAUUUUAUUUAAAUAUGUGCUCUAAAAAAUUUGCAUGAGCCCUGGACAGUGUGGCUCGGUUGAGUGUCAUCUCUUGCAUUGAAGGGUCGCUGGUUCAAUUCCCAGUUAGGGCACAUUCCCAGGUUUUGGGUUCAUCAGUCCCAGGCCCUAUGGGAAGCAACCAAUCAAUGCUUCUCUCUCUCUCUCCCUCUCCCCUUUUCUCUAAAAUCAAUAAAAACAUUUUUUUGUAAAAAAAAAAAAAGAUUGCAUUCUAGAAUACUCAUGAAAAAAAAAACCUAUGAGGCGACUAGCACGUCUAGACAUUAAAACACAUUGGGUCUGUAAUUAAAGCACUUUAGUAGUCAGAACUGGAAUUAGAAAGUCCAGAAAUAGAUAAAGGUAACUUUUUAAAAAAUAACGCAUGACAACUUAAGCAAUGUUAAUUUCUUGUUGUCUUCUGAUAAUUGCACCGAGGCCAUAUAAGGUAAUUUCCUUGGUUGGGAGGAAUAUACACAAGUACUGAGAGGCAAAGUGGCGUCCUCUGCAACCUACAGUCAGGUGGUUCAGAGAAGAAAAGAAUGAACCAAAUGGAGCAAAUUGUUUCCAUGUAGGCCAUCCAGGAGACAGCUACGUGGGAAUGUUUCUGCAACGUUCCUGCAAGUCUAAGUCAAAGUCAAAAUGUUAAUUACUAUUCCAUAACCUGAAAGGGGAAAAAGAUUGCAUCCUCCCCGAUAUCCAAAGUAGAGCUUUAGUUAUUUGUAGCUGAGGUGCCGUUCAAACCUUUAGGAAUAGGGUUGCUGACAGCUUAUCUGGAUUGCAACUGGACAUAGGUGAUGAGCAGAGAUUUCCGAGGUUCUCUGGGUCACAGCCCCUUUGAGGUCCUGGUCAGAUCUGCAGCUAUCUCUGUAGGAAAAUGGACACCUACAGCGGUUUGGACAUAACUUGCAGUAGGGAUGUAUGGUUUCCUGUGGUCCCAGGGUAACGGGAAUAGCCUUGAGUUUCAGUGAGAGCCUUGUAGUGGGCCCUAACGAGAUGUGACAGACACAGGACCUGUGACGUUCUUGUGAUGCUGGGUCAAUGAGACAGUCCUUCCAUUAGGACACUGAGCAUUCUCUGCAUGCCCCGCUCAGUGAUCAGUGACUCCUAACCCCCAAACAGCCCAUGAGACAGUCUGCAUUCUCAUCCAUCUCAUAGGAUAAUGGAGGCUGAAGGGAAUCGGAGCACUCAGGCCUAUGUCUGACACCCAUGCCCGAGCUCAUCACCCAUCAAGAGUGCUUCUCCCCAAACCAGAUUAAUGAGACUCAAUUGGGUGGGGCAGGUUGUAGGCUUUUCCUAGAACCCACAAUUGGUUUGCCUGUCAACAAACCCUGACCUGUCCUUGAUUCACCACACACAGCAAAGUCUAGAGAUCACAGAUUUAAUGAGACAGUGGCUGCAGCAUCGUUCCAGCUGGGUGCCCCUCGUUGCUCCUCUGUAAGGUGCUGGCUGUGCAAACUGGUUCCUCUGUGGGUUCUUGUUAGAGUGCUGUGGACUCAGAAAGACCACAUGUGAUUCUGUCU